ACCCCCGCCCCUCCGCUCCUGAAGAACAUUGAGAAUGGCCCCCAAGUCUGGCCAGGGGGUUGAAGAAGCCGAGGAAGAGGCUCUCCUGUCCCCCACAGAGCGAGAGUCUGUCAGUGGUCACCUGGGACCUCCAGCAGGCGCACCCGCAGCCCCCGAGACCCCCACAUGCCUGCCAGACACCACGCCCCACCCCACACGGGCGGCCUGCUCUGCUGACCUGCAGGGCUGCUGCUGCUGCUGCUGCAGGUUGGCUCUUGAGUCGCUGGACCCUCGCACACUGCGGCUGCUGUGGAAGCAGCGAGAACUGGAGAUCCAGGCCUUGCGGUGGGCCGUGCAGAAUGGCAAGGACACCCGGCUCUGCCACAUCCUGGAGGAGGUGGCGGGGAUUCCACCCAAGAGGAGCUCCUACAGUCAGGAGAAGUUCCUGCAGAACCAGGUCCAGACGCUGACCCUGGAGUUGAAGGAACAGAAGGAGCGAGCCCAGUGGGAGAAGGAGCACCUGGAGGAGCGGCUGUUGCAGACCACCCGCAUGCUCCAGGAGGUGGAGGCUGAGCUGCAGAACUUGCAGAAGUCCUGCCUCCUGCAGCUGGCCCGCUCCUCGUGGGUGGGCCACAUGCCACGAUCCCAGACUGGCAGUGUGGAGGUGGUGAUGGCAGAGACUCUGAUGGACCCAAGUGACCUCUCUGAAAACAUUCAGGUCCCCACUGGGGAGGGCUUUCGGCUGGAGGACGUGGACUGGAACAGCAUUGCCCACCGGUACCCCAACCUCUUCAUCAGCCUGGAGCCCAGCUCAAAGCAAAAGCAGCCCCGGCCCUGGCCACAGCUGGACACGGGGAGCUCAGAGUCCUCUGGAAAGCACUCUGAGCGGCAUCACAAGACCGUGGAGUGGGGCUGCCUGCCCUGUCUGAACACCAGCAGCUCAGGGGGCGCUGACUCCGACUCCAGCAGCUGUCAGCGGGGCCUGCCUUCCCUCGUGCAGGCGGUAGGGCACCCACCCCGGGACCACCGCGCUUCCUCCAAGCAGGCGCUGGUGCAGGCCAGGAGCUCCAGCAGGGACUUGGAAGAUCUCCAGAAAAUCCACUCACCCAGGCAUGGCGAGCCAGUCCUGGCGCCCCAACCCUGCACAGACCCUGACCAUCGGAGCCCGGAACACCUGCAGAGCCCGACAGGCCUGAAGAUCGUGGCGGUGAGCUGCCGGGAGAAGUUCAUCCGCAUCUUCAACCCGUCGCAGGAGAGCACGGCCGACCUGAGCGGCAUGGUGCUGAAGCAGCUGGUGCGCGGCUUGCCGGAGCGCCUGUACCGCUUCCCGCCGGGCACGCUGCUGGCCCCGCGGCACCACAUCACGGUCUGGGGCGAGGGGACCCGCAGCACCAAGAAGCCGCCGCGCGCGUCCUCGGGCCGGGAGCCCGUCCCCCUCCUCUCCAGCCGCGGCUGCGCGACGCUGCUCCUGAGCCCCAAGGGCGAGGUCCUCAGUGAGCACCAGAUCCCACGCCGCAAGACUCCGGCCCCGAGGGUCUUCGACGACGGCACCGACUUGUCCAUCGACCGCUUCCCGCUCCCUGAAGUCGGGCCCGGCGCUGACACCUGCAAGCCACCGCGCCCACCUCGACCCCUGCGCAAAGGCCGGGUGCGGGAGCCCCGGGUCAGUCGCCGGAGACCAAGGACGCGGGGCCUGCUGCCCCCAAUGAGCUCGGCGAAACUCUUCCACGCGCGGGAGGGGCCCGCGCGGCCCGAGAACCCCGAGAUCCCCGCGCCGCAGCACCUGCCCACCAUCCCAGGUGACCCCACCCUGCCGUCGCCUCCCGCAGAGGCCGGGCUGGGGCUGGAGGACUGUCGGCUCCGGAAGGAGCACCGAGUUCGGGUGUGCCGGAGGAGCGUGGACCGGAGCUGCCCCCUGGUGGCCCUGUCGGUGCAGAGCACGGCGGAGAGCAGAUUCGGCUUCCGCUUCCUCAGUUGCCUGCCGGUCACCGCGGACACCUGCCGCGGCGCCUAGGAGCGGAGGAGCGGGCCGGGACUGCGAGGGAGGGCGCGGGCGGGCUCGGGGGCUGGGCGGGCUGUGUCCGCUGCAUCAUUUAUUGAACCAACGUGGCCUACAAAGUAAACCGCAUUUCUGUA